GAGUAAAGCAGAGCCGAGUAGCACAGACAACCCCUCUCAGCUGAGCAGGACAACACGAUGGCCGCCAGCAUCGGCCUCCGCACGGCGCCGCUCCUCAAAACCUUUCAGAAACCGUCGCUUUCCCACCAGUUAAGAUUCUUCAAGACAUGCCCGACGAGCUUUUCGAUAUGCUGCAAGACGUCGCCCAAAAUGGGGAGGAUAAAGGUGUCCUCCGGGCUGUGGAAUGGAGGUCAGCUUUUAAGAAUAGCAGCAACUGCUUCAUUCCAUACUUCGUCAAGCCUGAGAAAGCGUGAUUACUAUGAUGUCCUGGGUGUACCACGUAAUGCAUCUUCAAAGGAUGUCAAGAAAGCCUAUUACCAACUUGCUAAGAAAUAUCAUCCAGAUGUGAAUAAGAACGAUCCCUCAUCUCAAAAAAAGUUCACAGAGGUGUCAGAGGCAUAUGAGGUUUUAGGGGAUGAUGAGAAACGUCGGCAGUAUGACACCAUGGGCCACACAGCGGAGGAGAUGGGUAGGGCUGGAGGCGCUGGUGCGGGCAACCCAUUCCAGUCAGGGUGGCAGUAUCAGACUACAAUUGAUCCAGAAGAACUCUUUAGAAGAAUCUUUGGUGAUUUUGGAAGAGGAAGCAUGGACAUGGGAGACCAAGAUUUUGCAGAAUCAGCCUUUGGGUUUGGUGCAGCGCAGGAGAUAGCCAUCAAUUUAACCUUUUCACAAGCCGCUCGAGGAAUCAACAAAGACAUGACCUUGAACACAGUUGAUAUAUGUCCAAAGUGCACAGGGUCCCGAUGUGAACCUGGUACCAAGGCGAGUCGCUGUCAGUACUGUAAUGGCACAGGCAUGGAAACAAUGAGUACAGGACCCUUUGUGAUGCGUCAGACUUGUCGAUAUUGCCAUGGGACUCGCAUGCACAUAAAGUUCCCCUGUACAGAAUGUGAAGGAAAAGGCCAAACAGUACAAAGGAAGACAGUCACCGUUCCUGUUCCUGCAGGUGUUGAGGAUGGACAGACACUGAGGAUGACCGUUGGUAGGAAGGAAGUUUUUAUCCGCAUGAAGGUUUCCAAGAGUGAUUAUUUCCGACGAGAUGGUGCAGAUGUCCACACAGAUGUAACCGUGUCCCUGGCUCAAGCAGCACUAGGGGGAGCCACCAGAGUACAGGGCAUCUAUGAAGAUAUCACACUACAGAUUCCAAAGGGCACACAGUCCCACUCCAGAAUAUGUUUGAAUGGCAAAGGCAUUAAGCGUAUCAACACCUAUGGCUAUGGUGACCACUAUGUCCACGUCAAGAUAAGGAUACCAACAAAACUCUCAGCAGAACAAGAAGCCUUGUUGACAGCUUUGGCAGAGCUUGAAACAGACACACCAGGGACCAUCAAUGGCAUCACCUACACCAAAGACGGUAAACAAGUUGCUGUCGAGGAAAAUGAUACUCUGAGGCAGAUCCGUGCUAUACUAAGGGGCAAUAUAGAAGAAAUUGUUGCUCGGAAAGUUGCAGAUGAUGUGGAGGAUGCAGCAGAGGACACAAAGAGACCAACAGAAGAUGAUAGUAAACAAGGAGACAGAGUCGAAGCCAAGAAAUAAAGGACAUGAGAUGUGAGGCACUGUAUAUUUUCUUUUGUUGGCAGUUUCAGAAAGGGGAAGACAAAGUGGAAAACUUGAUUGUCAAUAUUCUGUUGUCUACUGUAUUCAGAUAUGUAUUCUGUCUUGUUCAAACUCACUCAUUCUCUCUCUCUCUCUCUCUCUCUCUCUCUCUCUCUCUCUCUCUCUCUCUCUCUCUCUCUCUCUCUCUCUCUCUCUCUCUCUCUCUCUUUCUCUCUCUCUCUUUCUCUCUCUCUCUCUCUCUCUCUCUCUCUCUCUCUCUCUCUCUCUCUCUCUCUCUCUCUCUCUCUCUCUCUCUCUCUCUCUCUCUCUCUCUCUCUUUCUCAGGAAUGGCUUCCAGUUUUUAUUAUGCAUUAUGAGAUUUGUAAGAUAAACCAUAUCUUUUGAUGUUCUUCUUAGAAAGUGGUACUGUUUUCCUCAUUACAGAUGUAUCACUAUAAAUAUAUUUCUUAUUUUGUUUUUUGUAUGUCUCACAUUUUUUCAGUGUGAUUCUCAAACCAGUCCAAGUUAACUUGCAUAAUUAUUCUGCAUGAAUGGAAUUGUUUCCUUAAACUUUACAAGAAUGUAGUGUAUAGCUGUGAUCAUGUUCAGAUUGAGAAUUACAGUAUAUACAUUAAACUGCAAAAUUGUUGUGAUGCAGUCAUGUUGCAGAUUUUGCUUUACUGUCAAGUCUUUCAAUAUUCUCCCUGGCAAGCCCUCCAAAGUGCCAUGAUAAGACUAAUUUAAUUUUACUGUCACCAAAUUUAAUUGUUUAUAUAACUUGAAAAGGACCAUUGCAUCAGAUACAAACUCCUGAAGCAAACUUUUGAUCUCAUGGCUCUCCAUUAAAAUUGCUCAUAGCUAACACCUGAAUCAGAAUUCAUGUACCUUUGGCUUUGUAGUAUAGUAACAGUAUCAGAAUUCAAGUCACGGCCUAUAGGAGUGGGUCAUAGUUCUUGGCAUUAUUUUGAUUCUGGCAAUUUUAUGCAAAGAAUUAUUUAUCUGCUGGUUAGUAGAGAUUGAAUUUUUGAGAAUUGGGUGCAAUUAAGAGUAUUUUCAUUAUUAUCUUUGGUGUGGAAGAUAUAUCAUACAGGCUGUGAUGGAAGAUUAGAGAGUUGAGAAGAAAUUGUAGAGUAACCUUUUUUUUCAAGACAUCGAAAAGAAAAGGUGAUGGUUCUUUAAAAUAUCCUGGAAUAAAUGUCAGCAAGGUAUUAGGUUAUACCAAUGUGAUAUAGAGCAGCACAAGGAUAAGGUGCCAUUUUCUUCCGUUGCCAUCUGGAAAUAAAUUCGUAACUAUGAGAAAAAUUUGCAGUGAUACAAUGACUUGGCCACACACUCUGUCUCAUAUUUUUAUAUGGUUGAAGAAGCGUUCCUGUUCAACUCUGGGAAAAAAUUAUCAAAGAGAAAGUUAAAAAGAAAAAGUAAAAGAUACUGUUAUUGUUUCAUGUUAUUAUAAUGUAUGGUUGAAAAUACAUGUACAGGCCUAUAGAUUCCAUAUUGUAUAUAGUGGAACAGUAUUGAAAUACACAAUACAGUUUUA